AUGCCUCGAGGUCAGAAGAGUAAGCUCCGAGCCCGUGAGAAACGCCGCCAGGCCCGUGCUGAGACCCAAGGUCUGGAAGAUGCUCAGGCUACUGCCGCAGCAGCAGGAGAGCCCCUGUCUCUGGUCCACGCUCUCACUGAGGACAGACCUCAGAAUUUACCUGCUGCUGAGACACCUAGCACUCCUGAGGCGCCACAGGGAACCACCGAAGCUAGCGCAGCUGUUUCAUGCACCAAUUCGGAUGAAGGUACCAGCGGCCAAAAGGAGGAAAGCUCAAAAUCCUCCAGGGGCACUGAGGGCUCACGCAGAGAUCCUUUAAACAAGAAGGUGGUUUUGUUGGUACAGUUCCUGUUGCAAAAGUAUCAAAAAAAAGAGCCAAUUACGAAGGCAGACAUGCUGAAGUUUGUUAUUAAAAAGUACAAAUAUCAUUUCAAUGAGAUCCUCAAGAGAGCCUCUGAGCACAUGGAGCUGGCCUUUGGUGUUGAUUUGAAAGAAGUGGAUCCUACCAGGCACUGCUACACCCUUGUCAGCAAACUAGACCUCACCUUUGAUGGAACGAUGAAUGAAGAAGAGAACAUGCCCAAGACUGGCCUUCUAAUGAUUGUACUGGGUGUGAUCUUCAUGAAUGGCAAGUGUGCCCCCGAAGAGGAGAUCUGGGAAGUGCUGAAUAUGAUGGGUGUAUAUGCUGAGAGGAAGCACUUCCUCUAUGGGGAUCCCAAGAAGGUUAUCACUGAAGAUUUGGUGCAGCUAAAGUACCUGGAGUACCGUCAGGUUCCUGACAGUGAUCCUCCUCGAUAUGAGUUCCUGUGGGGCCCAAGGGCACACGCUGAAACCAGCAAGAUGAAAGUCCUGGAGUUUUUAGCCAAGGUUCAUGAUACUGUGCCCAGUGCAUUCCCAUCCUGGUAUGAAGAGGCUCUGAGAGAUGAGGAAGAAAGAGCCCAAGCCAGAGCUGCAGCCAGGGCUCGACUUGCUGCCAUGGCCAGUGUGAGCUCCAGGGCCACAGCCAGCAACCUCUCCCAUGCUAAGUGAAGUCCGAGGACAGUU